AUGAUAACAAGCCUUGUGGAGUAUCUAACCGCUCCAAUCAGUCUCUUCUUUUGUGGAAGACUUGGAAAGACUGAAUUGGCUGCUGCUGGUCUGGCUAUCUCCUUAUUUCAUACUGCUGGAUUGUCUUUUGUUAUGGGUCUUCUUACGGCUGCCGAAACUUUAUUUUCACAGACUUAUGGUGGUAAAAACAAAUUUCGACUGGGUAUCCAGGUUCAGCGAUCAUUUCUGAUAACAGUUCUCCUCUGCUUGCCAUGUUGGGCCAUUCAUAUUAUCAUUGAGCCUAUACUUCUAGCCACGAAUCAGCCUCCAUUGAUAGCUAAGUACACUAGUCUAUAUAUUCUCGGUUUAAUGCCAGGACUAUUUUUCUUCGCACUUUUUGAAAUCCUCACAAAGUAUGUCCAGACUCAGAACAAAGUCCUUCCGCCUAUGAUUGCGGGGGUUUUUGGAAAUGUGGUCAAUGCAAUUUGCCAUUACCUCUUCAUCUACCAUUCCAAUGCGAAAUUCAUGGGUUCGGCCCUUUCCCAGUCAAUAUGCUACUUUUGCCAAGCUGGAUUUGUUCUGAUUUACAUUCUCAUCUCCAAAAUCUACAAGCAUACUUGGGAUGGAUUGCAUGUUGAGAUGUGGCACGAUUGGGGCGUGUGGUUCCGUCUGGGCUUUCCUGGAGUAAUAAUGGUCGGUCUCGAAUGGUGGAUCUGUGAAGCAGGAAGUCUCACUGCUGGCUUGCGAGGUGAAGAAGCUUUGGCCAUUCAAACCAUCCUCAAUAACGUUGAAUCAGUCAUAUUUUGUACAUUCCCAAUGGGCUACGGUAUCGCUGUGGCCAUUCGCAUUGGAAAGUUUUUGGGCGCCAACGAUCCAAUCCGUCCCAGGGCGACAGCGUUUGUGGGAAUCUUAUUUUUGGGUAAAUCAUCAAAUUGCAAACCUUUUGUCCCUAUAGAAAGCGAGAUUUACUUGUAA